UGUCAGGUGAGACAGCUGCUGAGCGGUGGUGCGAACUUCUCAUGAACGGGCCCAUCCUUCUUCAUGACGGGCUUGUCACUUUUGACAUUAUAGCUAUGUUUGGACACUCGCCCCUCAGCUGUUGGAGCAGUUGCUAUCGCUACAGUUCUUUCCAUUUAUUAAAAAGGCUUGAAAUUAUCAUUUCACUUACAUAAUUACAGUUUCCAUGGCUUAACAUAAUAACUAGGCUAUAAGAGACUGUCCUGACUGUUAAAUGUUUAUCUGCUCGUGCAUGUGAUGAGGGUCUCCGCUGCAACUUCAGCGCCGUGCACGUCUCCGUUUGGCUGCGAGCCGACGCCAGCAGGCCGUGUAUCAGCCUGCAGCCGUGUAUCAGCCUGCAGCCGCGGUUGCCGCUUACUUGUGACCCUGCAAAGUGUAAACAGGUUAUGUAAGACUUCUCAAACUUGUUCACCUCCAGCUACUUUCCGCCGGUGAAGUACUUAAGUAAAAGUACCAGCACAACAAAAAUAGUCCAUUACAAAUAGGAGUCCUGCAUUUAAAAUUCUACUUACUGUGAGAAGCACAAGUAUUCAUUUAAUGUAAUAAAUUCCAUUAUUAACAGUAAUGCAUCAGUGUGUAAGUGGCAUGUAACUGCUGUAAGCUGUUCAUGGAACAGCUAGUUUUAAGUACUAUAUAUAUACACACAUACUGUAUGUAGUUAUAGACACCUACACACUGAUUUUGGAGACAAAUCAAAAAGUUCAAAAUCACUGGUCUAAACUUAAAUGUAUCUUCUAAACAUAUAAAAUGUUUAAACCUGCAAAGUAUCAGGUAACUAGACGUCACAUAAAUGUGGUGGAGUAACAUCUCCCUCUGAAAAUGUACUUCAGUAAAUACACCUAGAUAGUCACAUCCCAUCAGUACCAGCAUCAUGGUAGAUGGAUGGGUAAUGUCAUGGGCCCGCUUCGUUCUUCCUUUGCACACUUGUUCUGCUCAUGCAUGGUGUUCAGAAGUCAGUGUCGUGAUAAAGCUAUGCAGUAACAUGUUUAUUACACUCCCCCUGAGCCGUGCAUGUUUUGUGGAUCCCUGUUAAUGGAGUUUCAAUAACCUGCCUGCUCCUGCUGCCGGGUGGUUUCUGGAAGGACCCCCUGCCGCUUCUAAUGGAGGAGACUGUCAGGCUGCUACUAGAACAGAUUAACAGGUAUGCCAAAGGAAAAAUAUGACCCUCCAGAUCCCCGCAGAUGUUACACCAUCAUGUCAGCUGAGGAGGCGGCCAGCGGGAAGAAGUCUCACUGGGCUGAGCUCGAGAUAUCUGGGCGGGUGAGGAGUCUGAGCAGCUCGUUAUGGACACUUACCCACCUGACGGCGCUGCACAUCAACGACAACAACCUGACCCGCAUCCCGCCGGACAUCGCCAAGCUGCCCAACCUGGUCUACCUGAACCUGUCGUCCAAUAAGCUCCGUAGCCUGCCCGCCGAGCUGGGCAACAUGGUCUCUCUCAGGGAAUUGCUUUUAAACAACAAUCUUUUACGAGUUCUGCCUUAUGAACUUGGGAGGCUAUUUCAGUUACAAACCCUGGGGCUAAAAGGAAACCCUUUGUCCCAAGAUAUCCUCAACCUGUACCAGGAGCCGGACGGAACCAGAAAGCUUUUGAACUACAUGCUCGACAAUCUAGCGGUGCACCCAGAGCAGCUCCCUCAAAGACCCUGGAUCACUCUGCAAGAGCGAGAUCAAAUGAUGCCCACAGCCAUGUUCACAGUCAUGUGCUACAAUGUGCUGUGUGACAAGUACGCCACGCGACAGCUGUACGGCUACUGUCCGUCCUGGGCCCUCAACUGGGAGUACCGCAAGAAAGGCAUCAUGGAGGAAAUCACCAACUGUGACGCUGACAUCAUCAGCCUGCAGGAGGUGGAGACAGAGCAGUACUAUGCCUUGUUUCUGGAAACACUAAAGGAGCGCGGCUACGACGGCUACUUCUGUCCAAAGUCUCGUGCCAAACUGGUUUCUGAACAGGAGAGAAAACACGUGGAUGGCUGCGCUGUGUUCUUCAAGACUGAGAAGUUUACUUUGGUCCAGAAACACACUGUGGAGUUCAACCAGGUGGCCAUGGCCAACUCAGAGGGCUCAGAGGUCAUGCUGAACAGAGUGAUGACCAAAGACAACAUUGGGGUGGCCGUUCUGCUCGAGGUCAACAAGGACAUGUUCUCCGGUGGUAUGAAGCUACCACAGGAGAGGCAGCUGAUGCUGGUGGCCAACGCCCACAUGCACUGGGACCCCGAGUAUUCGGACGUCAAGUUGAUCCAAACCAUGAUGUUCCUGUCGGAGCUGAAGAGCAUCACUGAGAGGGCUUCGGGCUCCAUGGUGACUGGCUCGCCAACGUCCGACCCGUCCUCCAUCCCCAUCGUCUUGUGUGCUGACCUCAACUCGUUGCCUGACUCUGGUGUAGUGGAAUACCUGAGCAACGGAGGAGUAGCCGAGAACCAUAAGGACUUUAAAGAGCUACGCUACAACGAAUGUCUGACCAAUUUCAGCUGCAACGGCAAGAAUGGCAACUCAGAUGGAAGCAUCACGCACAGCUUCCAGCUGAAAAGCGCCUACGACAGCAAUCUGAUGCCUUACACCAACUACACGUACGACUUCAAGGGCGUAAUCGACUACAUCUUCUUCUCCAAGACCCACAUGAGUGUCCUGGGCCUGCUGGGACCGCUGGACAGUCAGUGGCUGAUUGACAACAACAUCACUGGCUGCCCCCACCCCCACAUCCCCUCGGACCACUUCUCCCUGCUGGCCCAGCUGGAACUGCACCCUCCCCUGCCCCACCCACUCAAUCCAGGGCUCAACGGGCUGCACCUGACGGUCCACAGGUAGUGCAGCCUGAGGGAGUCCUGCCCACCCUUCUUGCCCCACCUCCCCACCUUUUACACUGUUUCCCCAACCUCAGCUUUAUACAGGACCCUGUACAGUUUACCGAUCAUGUUAAAACUCAGACCCCACUACCACUGCUAAGGCACACCUACCCAAAAGGAGUGAAGUAUUUGCCACAUUCAUUGCUCCCUUUUGUGUUUUUGCACACUGUAUAUGUUUGUCUUAUCUUUUCUCCCCUUGAAAAGGCUAGAUACCAAAUGUUGAGCUUGGGAUGACGUUAAUAUGGUGACCCCUCAUGUCAGGAUGUUUUGGUCUUAGAUAUGAUCACGGUCACGUCUAUAUUCAGCUCCCACAACAACAAACCUUCACAAAUACUAUCGAUUUUUAGAUAAGUAUACUACACAAAUGUCAGCAGCUGUGAAAUAUUCUUUUGAGUAAAAACACAACAGAAUAUUCAUCCUGCUCCACAACAAGUAUGUUGUGUUAAAACUCAGUCACUGGGAACCUGCUAUCGCUCACAUUAAUGUAUUUUAAUACAAACAGGAGCACUACAAACAAAACUAAGUUGCGAGCUGCACGAGGACAUGGAAGGUUUGAUUACAUCAGUAAUUUAUGUAAAAACAUAAGUAUUUUAAAUUCUGAUCAGCCAAAAAUACAAAUAAUUACCUGCAAUUUUUAAGGUUAAAAGUAUAAUUUAGGUGUUUUUAAAAUUAAUGUAAUAUUGUAACACUAAAUUGGUGUGUUUCAUUUGGACUCUAGGGCAGGAAAUCACUGUGUCUUUUUUGGUAUUUUGUCUUUGGUCACAGCACCGCUGAUGACUGAUGUUGAUCGUGUUUGACGGGGCUUUCAGGUCUGACGCAUGCCUUGCUGAAAAUAAUGAGUAAUCUCUCACAUCGUUGUUUGUCUUAUCAGAUAUUUCUUGAUGACAUUUUCGUAUCAUGUCAGAUUGUGUUACCUGAUCCAAUUUUUAAAAAACUGACAAAUCUCAGCCUGAAAUGGAGUCUUGGGUGAGUCAUCCUCACUACAGUUUAAAAUAAUCAACUAGUGAGUUUUUUGCCGCACUGUGAAAUAAUAAAACCAGUCAGGCCAAAUGAGUGCUCCAAUCCCACAAUUUUGUAAGCAGUGCAGCCAUUUUACACCCAUACUCUUUGACUUGCUCUGAAAAAGUCAUAUUUGUAGCACAAUCUUGGCAUUGACCUACAAUGUGCUUUAGACUUUUAGCUUUUGAACGCCUAGUCUUAAGAGUACUGGCCUGUUUUUCCCCUCACCUGGCUAGCCAAAGAAUCUGUUUUGUCAGUAAUAAGAUAAUGUUUAUUUAACGUGCCAGAGGGAAGACUUCUGAGAAGGAUCUGCUAUUGAUUUGUGACUAGGAGCUGAAUGUAUUUACCAGGUGCUAACUAUGAAAUUAGUUCUUGGAGCCUCUUAAUGCCAGAUUCCCGUGGAAUCCAAACCCUGCAUUGUUGUGUUGGACAGUUGGAACAAAUAGCCCUUUAUGUAGGUUGCAACUCAGGACUGUGCUAUGCAUUCAGCAGUACCUCUGUCAGAGUCGCACUGUAUGAGAAAAACCAAACAGGGAGCUAUUGUCCUGAAAACUCUAUAUAAGCACAGGUAAUAUAUGUACUCAUAUACAUAUAUAUUGUUAUAGCUGUUGUUGUAGAAGUCCCACAUCUCUUGUCCAUUUUUGAUAAAACCACUGCUUUACUUUUACUCCAGUCCCCAAAAAAUAACAUGGGAACUUCAAAAUUGUCAAAUUUUUGAAUCAUCAGAAGGUGCAAAACCUGUUGAUAGUUUUAGUUUGGUUUUGUAUAAGGCUUUUAAGAGAGGCUCGAACACAGACUGGCAGGAUGACUGAUGCAGUGGUAAGACUGGGUAUCAAUACUAGCACCAAUAUGA